CAUGGGCGUUGAGUAAAGCGGUAGCCACGUUGACACAAAAGUAGUGUUUUCUGUCUGUUUUCUCACGCCGAAACAGAACCGACACGUCGUCAACGGACACCUGUCAAGGUAGAAACCUCUACUGGAACAUUUAGGAGAAGCUUUCUCACUGUUCUGACAGGUCAAAGACGCCGCAGCUUCUGACAGGAUGAGCGUGGGAUUCAUUGGAGCGGGCCAGCUGGCUCACGCACUGGUGAAAGGCUUCACGGCUGCAGGUGUGAUUGCAACACAGCGGAUCACAGCCAGCUCCCCAGACACAGACCUGCCCACUGUGGCAGGACUGAGGAAAAUGGGGGUGAACCUGACAACGAGCAACAAAGAGACGGUCAGUAAGAGCGACGUGCUCUUCCUGGCGGUGAAACCUCACAUCAUCCCCUUCGUUCUGGACGAGAUCGGGCCGGACAUCGAGGACCGCCAUCUCAUCGUCUCCUGUGCUGCAGGUGUCACCAUCAGCUCCAUAGAGAAGAAGCUGCUUCAGUACCGUUCAACUCCUAAAGUCAUGAGGUGUAUGACGAAUACUCCAGUGGUGGUGAGAGAGGGAGCCACAGUGUACGCCACAGGGACACAUGCAGAGGUGGAAGACGGCAAGUUGCUGGAGCAGCUGAUGGCCAGUGUGGGUUUCUGCACGGAGGUGGAGGAGGACCUGAUUGAUGCUGUGACCGGGCUGAGUGGCAGUGGACCUGCAUACGCGUUCACAGCCCUGGAUGCUCUCGCAGACGGAGGAGUGAAGAUGGGUCUGCCCAGAAGACUGGCGGUCCGACUGGGAGCUCAGGCUCUAUUGGGAGCAGCUAAGAUGCUGCUGGACUCGGAGCAGCACCCCGGACAGCUGAAGGACAACGUGUGCUCACCAGGGGGCGCCACCAUCCACGCCCUGCACGUCAUGGAGAGCGGCGGCUUCCGCAGCCUCCUGAUCAACGCCGUGGAGGCUUCAUGCAUCAGGACACGGGAGCUGCAGUAUCUGGCGGACCAGGAGCGAAUCUCUCCAGCAGCCAUUAAGAAAACCACCCUGGACAAGGUGCUGCAGCAGCCCGGAGUCACAGUCAGCGGAGUGGGUAAUGGGAACGGCAGAUCAGGGCUCAGCCUGUUCAAUCGUGGCCCCGGGAUCAAGAAGAAGAACUGAGAGGACCGAGGCAGACACACACACACACCAACGCAUCAUCACAGCUUUAAGGGGACCAGUGUGUACGCAGGUGGACACACCUAUCCUCCACAGCUGGACCGGUCUGAAAUAACAUCCAAAUCACUUCACAUAAACUGCCAAAAUAAUUUAUUCAUACUUGAGUUACAUGUGGCGAGUGGACCGCCACUCUACACACAAAGCACAGGUGCAUUCUGGGUGCGUUGCCCACAGUUAUAGCCUUAUGGUGUGAUGCAGGAUUACUGUCAACACAUACACACAUCCAGAUACACACGGAAGAGCAAAAGUGCAUUUACAAUCUGUUGUCUGUCUGUGUGUGAGCUCCAGAAUAUCUGUGGCUGUUAAACAGUAAUGACCCAGUGGGCCAUCAUGGGAUCCUGGUACACCAGGCAACAGAUGGCUGCUGGGAGACCAUCAAGCUCUUAAUGUUUGUCUCAAAUGUCUUUUUUUUUUUUUUU